AUGCCUUCCCACCUAUCCCUAAAGUCAAUUUAUUUACCGUUAUUUGUAACACUGCUCUCGCUGAGCAUUGUCACACCAGUUACCGCACAAUGCCCCUGGCAUAGAGAUUUACCCGAUCUACAGACAUCCUGUAUAUGUUCAUAUAAUUUGGGUCGUGAGCUGUCGGUGCAAUGUGAUCAGGUUCACUUCCCCACCCUAUUGGAGGCCUUAAAUAAAUACGUAAAACAGAAACCCAUCGAUUUGUUGUACAUCAACAAUUCUACAGUGGGCGAUCUGACCGACGAUAUGUUCGCCAAUCUGAGUCUACACAAUGUCCAGUUGUCGUCAUGUAAAAUUUCCAAAAUCAGUGACGGAGCUUUCCGGGGGCAAGAGGAGGUGCUGAAAAAUCUCAAUUUACAAGAUAACCUGCUGGAGGAGGUGCCCACCACAGCUUUGAGGAUAUUGAAAAUUCUCAAUUUAUUAGAUUUAUCGAAGAAUCGUAUAACCGUGAUACCAGAUGAGGCCUUUAAGGGUUCGCUGCGUUUGUCCACCUUGAAAUUGAAUGAUAAUAAUGUCACCUUGUCGGUGGGGGCUUUUCGUGGCCUAGAGAAUAGUUUAAAGAACUUAAAUUUGAAGGGCACAAAACAGAGAAGGGUUCCGGAAAGUAUUCGAGGCCUCAAGAGUUUGGCAUUUUUGGAUCUAUCGCUAAAUGGUAUUAAGGAAUUGCCUGGGCCGGGAGGUAUACGAACCUUUGAUGGUUUGGAUUCCCUGACCGCCUUGAAUUUGGAAAGGAAUCUGAUACAGAGCCUGGGAGAAUCUUCGUUUGUGGGUGUCCGCAAGACAUUGAGUUCGUUGAGUUUGUUGAAUAAUUUAUUGGCGGAUUUCCCUGUCGGAGCCAUUCAUUCCCUGAAAGAGUUGAGGGUUUUGGAUAUUGGUUUUAAUCUGCUGACCACAUUACCGGAGACUGCCUUCCGUGGUAAUCCUAGCAUUACCCUGCUGGCCUUGGAUGGUAAUCCUUUGGCGACUGUACCUGAAACUGCAUUCCUGCAUUUAAAUGCCACUCUGAGGGGUCUGUCGUUGGGUGGACGUUUCCUGCACUGUGAUUGUCAUUUGAAAUGGGUGGCUGAAUGGAUACGCAAGGGUGAUCUGCAGGUUACAUCCCGCGAACGUAAUCCCCAGUUCUGUGGCAGUCCAGCCAGAUUCCGGGAUCGUGGUUUCUAUUCCAUACAACCGGAUGAGCUGACCUGUAGUGACAGCGAUAGUGAAUUGCCGAUCGAUGAUAUUUUGCCAGCUGGACAAAAACCCACCGUAGCAACAAAAACAGUGCCUUCUGGUAAUCCGCCGCAGCAGCAGCCACAGCCACCAGUCAGUACUUCAAAUAAUGAAGAAACCCUGAUCAGUAGUGAGGUGGCCCCCACUGCCUCAUCCUCACCUACCACAACAGCUGCAUCAUUGCCCAGUUCGAGUAGCAGUGCUGUGCCCACCCCCACAUCAACCAGCACCACAACGACAACAACAACAGCUACCACUAAAACGCCAACACAUCAAUCAACAUCCGGUAUUGGUUCCGCCUCACCAACCACCAUUAUUCAAUCACAGCAGAGUAAUGGCGGCAGCGGGGGCAGUGCCAAACAAUCACCCUCUUGGCGCCAAAAUUCAAGCGGCUCAUCCGGUGCCCCGGCACACAAACAACAGCGACCACCGCUGGUUUUGGGCUUCCCACCCCAACGCGGCACCCGUAUUGAUGACUCCAAUGAGGUUCAAGUGAAAAAUGCUUUCCGUCAGGAUAGUUCGGUUAUCAUUCAAUGGGAUUCCGAUACGGCGAAUAUUUUAGGUUUUCGGGUGGUUUAUCGCCUCUUCGGGGAGAAAUCAUUUAAACAGGGUCCCCCAUUGGAGGCUAGCGAACGUGAAUUUAAAAUAAAAAAUGUCCCCGCUCAGGAGUGUAUAAUUGUGUGUGUCAUCUCAUUGGAAGAGUUGCAUGUCACACCGGAAACUGUGCCGUAUCAACAGUGUCGCGAAGUUCGAACGGUAGCAUCACAGACAUCGAAUAUGGAUAAGAUAACAAUAGCGGCCAGUGCUGCCAUAUGUGGUACAAUUAUUGUGGCUGUGAUUGUUUUUAUUGCGGCUAGCAGACGGUCGCGCAAAAUGCAAACCUCACAACAAAAGAGUCCACUGCCAAUUGGAGGUUUGCCCGUAAAUUGUUGUGGUCCAGCCGGUUCACCAGGACCACUUGGCUCAAUAGCAACGCUGUCGGCAUUCAAUAAUCACAAGGAAUGGGAUCAAGUAUCAGCCUAUAGUGGCCGCUCAAUACCCCGACCCCGUGCCUAUCCCAUGGACAAUCAAGAUGAUAUGCGUAGCCAUUUCUCGGGAAUGCCAGGAAAGCUGGCGAAACCCAGAUCCAUUGCUGAUGGCCAAUCGCAGCAUAGCUUUUCAAAUAAUUCACAUCGCGGCUAUUUGGGCACCGCAUUUCCAUCGAAUUUAGUCAAUUCCCGUCCCGAAUUGCGUCAAUCGCGACAGUCACUUGCUGCACCCUCGGAGAGAAUGUCACGUGCCUCCUAUGCCGGUUCAAUACAUGGUGGCGGCGGUGGCAUCGGUGGUGGUGGACCCACCAGUGUGGCGUCUAGUACACGCCGUUCACGGCCGCGUUCUAGAUCACGCGAUCAAUUAAAUGCCACGCAUUUACACAGUCAUCGACCUGGAAGUCGAUACUCUACGGCUGGUUCGACACACACCCUCAACAAUUAUUGCGAUACAUCGGAUAAUUGGACCGAUCACGAUAUGGACAUAUAUAUGGCUAGAAAUCCGACAACACGCAAUGGAUUGGUGCCAUUAUGAGGGCGGGUUAUGCUUUCCUGAUAUUUCGAUGUUGUAUUAAAUUUAGAUGAACUUUUCUGACAAUACGUUACGCCUAAUCGCCAUGGGGAGCGGGAGCGGCGGCAGCGACAACAACAACAAAGACGUUUGAUUAAAUGUUCAAAUGGUGGUGCUGG